AUGGCCGCGCUGCACCAGGAGAUCAUUCACGAGCUCAACACAGACUGCGUGGAGUUCUGCCCGGCGACAGAGCACCCCGAUUGGCUGGUUCUAGGGAGCUAUCAACUCAACGAAAAGACAGGCGAUCGGCAUGGUGGGAUCGACAUCUUCGGCCUGCACCGCGGCUUGGCCAGCGCGCCGCCGCGCCUGUCGCUCGCGGCCACCGCGCGCGGCCUGCCGGGUGUCUUUGACGCGCGGUGGCAGCUGAUCAACGGCGGGUGGCUCGUCUCCACCGCGCUAUCAGAUGGCACGCUGCGGCUGUACCGAGCGCCCCUUGACCUGUCAGACACACCUCCUGCAGCCCCGGCUGCCGGCCCCGAAGCGCCCCCAGCAGGGGGCGGCGCCGGCGCGAGCGGCGCGAGCGACGCGUCGGAAGCCGCCCCGCAGCUGCUCGAGGUCGACCGCCUCAAGGCCGCCACCCAGAUGGCCCUGUGUGUCGACUGGGCGGCGGUCGGCGACUCAUCAAGUUCGCAGCGGGAGCAGGUCGCGGCGGUCGGCAGCAGCGGGGGGGAGGUGACGCUGGUGCAGGCGGCGGAGGGCGGGCUGCGGCGGCUGAACGAGUGGCGCGCGCACGAGCUGGAGGUCUGGACUGUGGCUUUUGAUAAGCACCAGCCGGGCCCCCGCAGCCGCCGCUGGGGGCGGCGCCACGUGCUGUACUCAGGGGCAGACGACUGCGUGUUCCAGGGCUGGGACUGCCGCGCCGCCGCGCCCGCCGUCGCCUGGGGCGCCCGCACACGCGACACCGGCAGCGACAGCGACGGCAGCGACGGCGGCGGCGGCGGCGGCGACCUGUCCGUCUUCCGAAACCGAAGGGCGCACGGCGCGGGGGUCUGCUGCGUCGCGCCGCACCCGGCCAGGGAGCACGUGGUUGCCACUGGCAGCUAUGACGAGAGGAUCCGGCUGUGGGAUACCAGGAAGCCCUCCAAGCCGCUCAUAACAUCGCAGGUGCCCACCGGCGGCGGUGCGUGGCGGCUGCGGUGGCACCCGCGGGACCCCUCCCUCAUCCUCGCGGCCUGCAUGUACAACGGGUUUGCAGUCGCGAGGGCGAGCGCGUCGUUUGACUCGGUCAAGAUCGUGGAGUCGUACGCGGGCCACCAGAGCAUCGCGUACGGCGCAGACUGGCACCCGACGCUGGUGGCGGCCUGCGGCGGCAGCGGCGAGGGCGACGGCGGAGCCUCCUCUGCAGGCCCAGCGGGGGGCGGCGGGGCGGGCGGUGGGGAGGGUCAGGCGGCGGCGGAGGUGGCCGCGGAGGGCGGCGGGCGGGCUGCCGGCGGCAGCGGGAACGUGGUGGCCACGUGCUCUUUCUAUGACCGGCGGCUGCACCUCUGGACCACGGCGACGCAGUAG